AUGGGCUCUUUGGUUCUAAUAAUUUUGAAAUUUAAUGGAUUUAUCAGAUUUUCAAAUCGAAAUAAUGCUGGCUGUUUGGUAGAACGGGCGAAUAAAGGAAUUUCAGAUUUCGUCAGAAGCAAGCCUUUGGUGAUGCAAGGGGCUGAUGUAGAAGACUUUAGUUGGUCUUACACGGAAGAACCACAUGCGAGCAGACGAAAUGAGAUAAUCCAGAAGUAUCCGGAAAUCAAGAAAUAUUUCGGUAUCGAUCCAUCAUUUAAAUAUGUCGUCGUGGCGAUGGUUAUCGCACAAUUCAGCAUUGCGUGGCUUCUAAGAGAUUCGGACUGGUUACUAAUUUGUUUACAAGCAUAUUUUACUGGUGGUACCAUUGGACAUUCACUUACAUUGGCUGUUCAUGAAAUAUCACACAAUAUGGCAUUCGGUUGUGCUCAACCUCUUGCAAAUCGUUUGUUUGGAUUUAUCGCUAAUCUACCGAUGAUGGUGCCUAUGUCGGUUUCCUUUAAGAAGUAUCAUUUGGAACACCAUCGCUAUUUGGGCGAAGAAGUGUUGGAUACUGAUAUACCAUCGGAUUUCGAAGCGCGAUACUUCCGUCGUACUUUAGGGAAAUUGUUGUGGGUCUUUCUCCAACCAUUCUUUUACGCUUCAAGACCAUUUCUUAUUUAUCCAAAAGCUGUUACAGAUUUAGAAAUCCUAAAUGCGCUGCUUCAGAUUUUCACUGAUUAUCUCAUUAUUAGUUUUUUUGGUUGGAAAGCUCUUGCAUAUCUAUUAGGCGGGUUUUUCGUGGGAUCGGGUAUUCAUCCUCUUGCUGGUCAUUAUAUUUCUGAUCAUUAUGUUUUCAAUCCUGGACAAGAAACAUACAGUUAUUACGGGCCGAUAAACUUAGUAACAUUCAACGUUGGUUAUCAUAUCGAACAUCAUGAUUUUCCAUAUGUAUGUGGCAGUAACCUUCCAAAGAUUAGAGCCUUAGCUCCGGAAUAUUACAAAGAUUACGUGGUGCAUUCAAGUUGGAUUUACAUUAUGUACGAUUUCAUUACAAAUCCAAAAAUGUCGCUACAUUCCCGAACCAAGCGAAAGGCGGCAAAACCAACGGAUAUACAAUUUUUUGACAUUGGACCAAAUACUUCCUGUUACCUUUAUAAGUUCUUCACAUCUUUACUUAGAGGAGGACUGUUUGUGUUCAAGGACAAAACGGGCUGA